CGGCUCGGACAGCGGCUGCAAGUACACCGUGACGACCCGUUGCCUACCCGAAGCGUCGACGAUAACCACCUACACUAUCAUAUCCACACCACCAAGGACACCGACAACAGGCCCAGCAACGUCCCCGCAAGAUCCACAAUUGUCACCACCAACACCACCGACCAGCAGCAUUAAUUUGCCGAUCACUUCUGAUACACCGAACCGAACAACCUCCGAAGAACGUGCUCCGAACCCUUCGGACGAAUCACCUCCACCACCACCAUCACGCAUCAGCCCCCAACAGGCGGAAGACAAUAAUAAGUUGGACUGCAGUGAGCGCUUCGAGCGGCGUAGAAACUCCUUUUUCGAAAGCAUUCGCGCAGUAGUGGUACGUGGCACCAAUAGCAGACACCAACAACAGGCAACGAACCAACUCGACACGGAAGAAGGCAGCGACGAGCUGCAAUCACUGCGUGCGCCAGCAGCAACAACAGCUUCGCAUCAUCACCAACGGUCCAACGUGGAUUUUGGACCCGCCGACAGGACGACAGCAACGACGGCCGCCAAUAUUACUUCCACCGCAAACAUCGCCUCCACCACCACCACCAUCACGUCGGCGAACAGUUACUCCCGGAAUAAGUCGACCACACGCAGCUGGCCCGUGAUACAUCGUAACAAUUCCUACUACCGCUACCAAACAUCCAGUGGCAGUGGCGGCGGAAGCGGCGGCGGUGGUGGUGGUGGUGGUGGUGGCGAAAGUGGGACUCAACAGUCCUCCUCCGCUCACCGGCGACAACCAUCAUCGCAUCAGCACGGCUAUCUACAGUACGAUUACGAUGCACCCCUGCUGCAGUACGGUGGCGGCGGCGGUGGCGGCGGCUUAAGCUACUACCCGCCCAAUGAUACGAACAACAACACGCUGGGCAACGAUUACCAUCUGCUAGCGAGCGGUCACCACUACCCACCACCGCCGGACAAGUCUCCCAGCAUUGACAGCUGCUACUACUACCAGCACUACAGCACCAGCAUGCAGCCAUCGGCGACGACCACCACCAUCAUGGCCACGACCAGCACGGGUCCGGGCGGCACGACUACGACGACGGCGACGGCCGGAGCUGCCGCACCCAACCAUCAACAGACACCGUCCGGCAAUGGGACGUGCUCCUCGAUACCGCCACCGAUCAUGUUCCUCUUCCUGACGCUGCUCAUGACGUCCAGUGCGACCGCGAUGCUGUGCGCCGCCAUCAUGACCGAUCACUGGGAGCACGUGUCCUGGGACCGCAACAGCCUCGAUCGCAUCAGCAACGAAACCGCCAUCGAGCUGCACUGGUACCUGGACGGCCGGGCGGCAAAGAUUCCGCUCAAGGGCAAAGGUUUACCGAAGCAACAACAUCCUCAUCAUCAUCAGCAGCAGCAGGUUGGACAAAAGAGCGGUGGUGCAGCGACGAACCCGGUGGUGACGGAUAAUCGGGCCGGCGUUUUCCUCGUACCGAUGAACGGUGGCAUCUGGACGCUCUGUAUCGAUCUGACGGCGGAGGAGAUCCGGGAGAUGUCGAACGACGGCUUUCCGCAGGUCGAUCAGUGCGUCAACUAUCUGGCCGGCACGAUGGAGAGCGCACAGGGCAACGAUGAGGAUGCGAGGGCCGAUUGGCAACACAGUGAGUCCCAGGCGUCCUUACAUCCGCAUUUAAGAAUGCAGAAUCUAUCGAUUUCCUGUUCGCUCGUGUGCCUCAUCAUACUCGGCAGCGCUGCCCUGGUGGGCGCUUUCGGUGUGUGCCAGCGCCAAAUCAGUGCCGUACUGGUGACGGGCGUAAUGUACCUGCUGGCUGCGCUCUUCGCCCUGUUCACGCUGAUGAUAAUACACUUCAAGCGGCAGCAGGGCCGGCCCCUGCUCGAUAGUGACUUCGACGGCACGAUCGACGGUGUGGUCGCCAUCAAGGGGACGGCACGGGCCGCAUCGAAAUUCCUGGGCGCUCGCAUCUUCGUCACCGCCUGGAGCCUGGAGCUGGGCUGGGGCGGUGUCGUACUGUGCGUCUUCACCUCCUUCCUCUGGAUUCUGCUGUCGAAAAUCAUGCGCUUCAAUCCGCUGUCGGCAAUGAUUUGAUGAUUCAAAUUUAAGUUCAACAAGGUCGCCGUUUACAGUGUAACCUAGUAGUAGCAGGACCCUGCCACACGCUCAAUGUGCGACCGACCGACCGCCGAUCUCGACCUUCCGCCACGGUGCGGGACUUCAGCCAGCCAAGCGCACCGUUCCGGUGAUGAUUUCUAUUGAUCGAACUCAAAUCGAGCUGUUCAAUGUAGACUAGCUAUUAUCAACAUGUGGGAGGGAAAUGAUUUCUCACGGUGUUUCCCCUCACCACCCCCACCAGCCAGGUUCGGUGGGGCGCAUUUCUUUGUGAUAACAAACUAUUCCAAUCAUCGCACAAUUCUCUCCACACUGCUUCAGCUUCGUCUUCAAACGGCGUGUGUUGAACGCACUAUUAUUAUAGGAUAACUUUAGGAAAUGUUUCCAAUGUUUUCAAACGACAACAAUAUAUCAUUGUAGUUUACACGCUUAUACACUUUUUACGCGCCUUUUUACAUUUUUCAUAUCCUCCCCCCUACACUACUAUGUCUUUUACAAGCUACACACACUCGUUUUGCGUGAAGCGUUAGAAAAGUUGCUAGAGAAGCUUCGGGAUUUACUUUAAGCCAAGCUUUAUCAUUAUUCUAAGAAGAGACGUUUCUUUAACGUCAAACGUAGUUUUAGGCUCCUCGCUUGCGAUAUAUCUUUACGAAAAAUGGUUAGGCGGUUAAAAUUCGUUCGUUCAAAGCAACUCUUACAUGUAGAAGUAAAACUAUUAAAUAAUUCCGUACCACCUAUUGCGCGAAUUUCUAUAAAAAGAAGAAAGGAAAUUAAAUCCAACAUUGAAAGAGAGAAACAAGUAGAGAUAAAGAAGGGAAUUGAAUGGUAGAGUGGUGAAGCAGGAUCGAACGAUAUCGUACAAUUUCAAACACGUUCUGCGACUAUUUAGUUAAGAGAAAAUCAAACAGAUGGUGGUGGCAUGUGAGGCUAUGGGUGAAAAAGAACCAAUUCAAAUGUAAGAAAAGGCACCACUACUACUCAAAAACUGCUUCGCGGGCCGUUAUAGCCGUCGUGGUGUUCGAUAGUAAUCUUGGACUACGAACCAUCGCUGGGGUAAUGGUAACAAACGGAAAGGAAGCUCUAUAGAGACUGUAAGCAUCAUCAUUACACAUCCUACAUACUAUACCCACACACAUACACCAUUGAAGAGACAUACGGAAAGCGAACGAACAUUAUUCAAAGUAUUGGAAACACACACGGGAUUAACUCCUAUAUAGCGGGGUACAUCCUUUGAAUGUACAGGAAGUAAUGUGUUAACGAAACUCAUCUCUCUAAUCAAAUAUCUUAGUGCAAUGCUUUCAUUGCCUGCCAGCAGCAGCAUUAUACUAGAAUAGGAAGGACGCGAUUUACAGUUUUGGUUGUCUUUCUCUUGCUCACAUGCCGCAGUUCGGAAGAAAAUUGCUUACACUCGACCCGCAGGCCCAUGUGUAGCGGAGCAGCUGUUUCUUGCUAUCGAUAUUGUGGUUCGACGUCUAAUUCCUCCGACCCUAAAUACAAGAGUGUGCGGAUGCAGCGUUCAAUUCGGUGCAAACACUCCGAGCUUAAAAACAGGCAUUAGGUUCACAACAAGUUUUAAACGCAACUUACACCACAAACAAAACAAAACAUACAUAUAAAAUCAGAAACCAGCGACCAGGACCCGGACCGGUUCCCCGGUAUACAGUGCAUGCGAGCAUGGGAACGGCCCUAUCCACCAGAGGUAGAAGAAAGAAAAUACAAUUAUCGAUAUAGUUUAUGUAAAAGCUUUGCCUUAUAAAACGUAAGUGGAAACAAACAAAAAAUCGUGGUGCGAAACCAAAAGAUUCUCUAUACAUACAGAUAUAUACAAGGAUAUUAAUUAUACAAAAUAUUAACUUCUGCGAAACUUGAUGCAAAAGAGAGAGGGAGAGAGCGCGCGCGCGAGGGCUUUAGGAAUAAAACAGAAAAAAAAUAUAGAAGGAGGAAGAAAAUAUCACACCAAACGCUUC